AUGGAUCUGACCAUACUUGGGAGAGUGAUCAGUAAUUUUAAACGGCGGGAAGAAUGCGAGCGGAAGGCGAGGCGGGGGGAGAUGGACCCCCGGCUGGAGUUCACCUUCCAACUGCUGAUCGACGGCACGGGGCUCCCCCGACACGCCAUUAUGGAUCAUGUGUUCGAAGGAAAUAUGCUGGACGACAUAAACCAGCUCUUCCUUCCACACAUGCGGAACAAGCUCCUCUGGUACUACCAAGAUGUGGAGGAGGUUGAGAACCCUCAACUGGAGAAUGGCAAGCCGCGACUGCAGGGGCCUGGUAAACAACCGCCAGCCGUCACGCUGAAGAAGAAGCUGUUCCUCUCUGACGGGUGGGACGUCAGGUUUACUGGAGUCUGCAUCUACAUGUUCAGGAUUAAUGUCAGCAAGCAACUGCCCGAGGAGGGGUUCCAUAAGGAUUUAUUUUGCGGCAUUCUCAACGCGGAGCACGUGGGUUUAGUGACGGCAAUAGAGAGGGUGAUGGAGCACGUGUACAUGAAUGCGCUGGCGCACCCCAGCAGCGACGGCGACGAAGACGAGACCAAAUUCCCUAUUGUCAAGAACCAGCUGUUGCCGGGCCUGAGGUCCUUUUGCAGUGCACUUAAAGUAUGUGAAGACGUGUGCAACCAAGUGAAUUUGUUCGACGAUGGACAAACUCACAUGGCUGACAUUCAAGAUCCCAACGAGCUGAAAGAGAUGACCAAAAACCUCAACACCAUCACCAUGUUAGAGGAUCGAGUCAACGAGUGGAUCAAAAAAGUUAUGGAGAUCUUGAGUGAGAGCGAGCAACUACGCAAGGAAGUAGAUUCGAGCGGACCUCAGGACGAGUUGGAAUAUUGGAAGAAGAGAGGGGCUCAAUUCUCACAACUCGUUACCUAUCUACAGGAUAGCGAAGUCCAAUUGACCCUCACCUGCCUCCAACUUGCCAACUCCAAGGUCAUCAGACUUUGGCGGGAGACGGACCACAAAAUAACGUUCUGCUACAACGAGGCCAAGGAUAACGCCAAGUUCAUCCAAGCGAUGGAGAAAUGCUGCCACUCUCUAUACCUGGAUGACCCUGUCAAGAUUAAGGACUCUAUUCUUAGCCUGUUGCAGACAGUCAGGUUAAUUCACAGUGUGUCGCAGUUUUAUAAUACCUCGGAGAGGAUAUCGUCGUUGAUGGUGAAGAUAACAAACCAAAUGAUAGAAACGUGCAAGCAGUACAUAACGUGCCGGUUCAAAGAGACCAUUUGGUCGCAAGAGAGAUCUCUGGUGAGAGAGAAACUCAUACAUUGCAUCAACCUCAACAAGACUUACAGAGAAACUUACCUUUUCGUGAAGAACCAGCCAUUCUUGCCCAACACACAGCAAUUUAGUUUCUCGGAGAACUACGUAUUCGGAAAAUUUGAUACGUUCUGCAAAAGGCUGAACAAGAUUAUAGCAAUAUUUGACCUGAUGGAUGACUAUAACAUUUUGUUCGCGAAGAGAAUGGAAGGUCUUCUGUUGGGAGAAGACUUAGAAGACGCCAUGCAUACUUUCGACGAGUUAAAAAAAGCCGUCACAACUUGCCAAUAUGACUACUUGGACUAUAGAAACAAUGAGUUUGACAAAGACCACCACAUUUUCGAGGAAAAGACAAACGCUCUUCGGGAGUCCAUAGGGAACACCAUAGAAGUGAACUUUUCUAGCGUCUGGGAGACGCCGCAAGGCAUCAAGUUCCUUACCAGAUUUGAGAAAGUCAGCCAAAAAAUUUUGAUUACAAAACUGGCUGAGAAGUACGACCGAGUUUUGAGAUACUGCGAGAAAGAAGUCGACAAAAUAAUGAAAAUGUUCAAGCGGCAGAAGGACGACCCGCCGCUUCCGAGGAAUUAUUCACCAGUUGCAGGUCGUAUAAAAUGGUCACGCUGUCUCAUGCACAACAUGACACAGACAGUUGAGAGUGUGUGCGCGCACCCGGUGUUGCGCGCGCUGCCCGCGGCGGGAGACAUGAUGCGCAAGUACACCAACACGCGGGCGCUGAUAGCCACUUACGAGGACACCAUGAGAGCUGUGUGGAUGAACCAGAAUUUGUGGGACGUCGACGACAGCCUCAACAACACGCUCCUGAAGAUCGAUGCCAGCGGUCGUAUCGUGGUGAACCUGGAUCACGCCAUCCGCCUGCUCAUCCGGGAGUCCGACUGCCUCAUCAAGAUGGGAAUCGAUAUGCCAAUCGUUUGCCACUCGCUGUAUGCGAAGAAAAAUUAUUUCACUUUGGUCAAUGAUUCCUUGCAGUUUCUACUCGAGGACUACCUUCGCACAGUUCGACGCGUGAAGCUCGAAGUGCGUCCUCUCUUCCUCCCUCAAGUGGUUCGUCUCUCGUUCCUCCUGCUCCCUGGUCUUCGCUCCGUGGCCUGGACGAACGAGGACUGGAAGGAGUUCAUCGACCGCGCCAAUGCUGCCAUCAAAUGCUUCGACGUACUCGUUACUAGAGUCCACGACAUAUACACCAAUAGGAUCAUUUACGUACUCUCCGGCAUGCAGGAAGUCACCUUGUUCAACUUACCUGAGGAGACGCCCUGGUCGGUAGAGGAAUUCAUUGAAAAUGUCGAAACGGGUUGUCGCAACGCUUGCGUCGAGCUGAACCGCAAGAGCCUGAUGGUGGAGGAAGCAGUGGAAGAGGUUUUGGACUUGGUAAAAAAAGCCGCCCAGCAGAUCAAACCAACAGAAACUAAUCCAGACUUUGAGUUCUUGAUAGCUGAAGAUGAGCCCGGUGGCAGCGGGGCUGCGUCAUCAACCAACGAGUCCUCCGCCAGCGGACCCCAGGACUGGACCCCGGUGUACGAAUGCUUCGACAGCCCGUACAGGCUGCUGUCCACACCAGCAGGUGGACUGUCCAAGGGAAUGCAGGAGAUGGUGAAGAACGCUGUGAGUGAAAUGCGCCGGUACUACAGCCGCAAGGUCGUAGACGUGCUGAUCAGGGUGACGCGGCGGUCUCUUGACCUCAUCAUCAAGCAGUUCUCCAACGAGAUCCCUGUCGAUGAGUCCCAAAAGAAGCCGAUAUUCCUUCUGCACGCGACGCUGAUGAUCCCGAACGUUUCUGUCAAGCCAACCCUGGAUGAGAUACAGGAGGUGCUGACCCUGGCCGGGAGACAUAUCUCUGGUCUGGCCAAAGGAGUAGCCCAGUGGACCGGCGGAAAGACUUCUAGGGUUAGCUGGAAGCAACUGGCGGGGCCUCAGUCAACCCAACUGUUAGAAGUAGUCACGAAGCUUGACGAACAGGUCGCAUCAGUGGUGCCAAUGUCGCAAAAGGCGAUGAAAGCACCGGAUCCGGCGAAGAUGAAGAGGAAGAAGCAUUACAGAUUAGAGUCAGAGGAGAAACCGUCGUUUCCCUUCCAACAGAAGAACUUUUAUAAUUACGUGAUGGAAAACAAGGAAAUUGUAAAGACGUUAUCUUUGUUGUCGACGUGUUGUCAGAAUGUUAAGACGGAAUUAAACACCUUAGUUAAACGAUGGCGACCAUACCAUUAUUUGUGGAAAUGCGAGAAAACACUCCGCCAGCUGUUAGCGUGGAAUCUCAACGACUUUGAAUUAUCUCUCAAGAGGCACAGCGAACUAGAGGCUAGUCUGUCCACAGAGCCGGACAUUUUGAUCAUCGGCAACUGCCUGGCUGUGUCCACGGAGAAACUCAAACUAGGACUUACCACCGAACUCAAGAACGGUACCCACCGAAUAAGUCAAGCCAUGCGCAAAAAAUACAAGCGCGAAAUGGACUACGUUUACGCCAUAAUGAACGAUUUGGAAAGAAAGCUCGAGCGACCCAUCCGCGACUUGGACGAUGUUCGCACGGUCAUGGAAACCCUCAAGAAGAUCCGGGAACAGGAGGUGGACAUGGAGCUGAAGAUCGACCCCGUCGAAGAAGCAUUUAACGUAAUAACACGCUACGAACUGCCAGUCAGUAAAGAAGAUCUGGAACAAGUGGACAACCUGCGCUAUACCUGGCAGCAGCUGCAAGCCACGGCUCUAGCAUCCCAAGUGCAUUUGCUGGUGAUGCAGCCGUCCUUUGAAGCGGACCUGAGAGCAAAUCUGGACAGGUUCAGAGAGGACAAUACAGAAUACUGCCAUGAAUACCGACACGCAGGUCCAAUGCAGACUGGACUGUCACCGAGAGAAGCCUCUGACAGACUUAUGUUGUUCCAGAAUCGUUUUGAUGGAAUGUGGCGAAAAUUACAAACGUAUCAAAGCGGCGAAGAACUCUUCGGCUUACCCCACACCGAGUACCCCGAGCUGGCUCAAAUCAGGAAGGAGUUAAAUCUCCUUCAAAAGUUGUACAAACUGUACAAUGACGUCAUCGACCGAGUCAGCAGUUACUAUGAUAUACCGUGGGGAGAAGUCAACAUAGAAGAAAUCAAUAAUGAGCUGAUGGAGUUCCAGAAUAGAUGCCGCAAAUUGCCGAAGGGGUUAAAAGAAUGGCCAGCAUUCUUCGCUCUCAAGAAAACAAUAGACGACUUUAACGACAUGUGCCCCCUCCUGGAGCUGAUGGCCAACAAGGCCAUGAAGCCGCGCCACUGGCAGCGGAUCAUGGAGGUCACCAAGUACAACUUCGAGUUGGACAAUGAGGACUUCUGCCUCAAGAACAUUCUCGAAGCACCCUUGCUUCCGAACAAGGAAGAUAUUGAGGACAUAUGCAUAUCGGCGAUGAAAGAGAAGGACAUAGAAGGCAAACUGCGACAAGUGACCAACGAGUGGUCAGUCCACGAGCUGACCUUCCAGACGUUCAACAACCGUGGGGAACUGCUCCUAAGGGGCGACACCACGGCCGAGACCAUCGGGGCGUUGGAAGACAGCCUCAUGAUACUGGGCUCUCUGCUGUCUAAUAGAUACAACGCACCAUUUAGGAAACAAAUCCAACAGUGGCUUUAUGACUUGCAAAGCACAAACGAGAUAUUAGAGAGAUGGUUACUUGUGCAAAACAUGUGGGUGUACCUCGAAGCCGUCUUCGUAGGCGGCGACAUCGCGAAACAGCUGCCCAAAGAAGCCAAGCGAUUCUCUAAAAUCGACAAAUCCUGGCAGAAAAUCAUGCAAAGAGCACACGAAACACCUGGCGUAGUCUCCUGCUGUGUUGGAGACGACCUCCUGAGACAACUACUGCCCCAUUUGCAAGAACAACUAGAACUUUGCCAGAAGAGCCUGAGCGGUUAUUUGGAGAAGAAGAGGACAAUGUUCCCGAGGUUCUUCUUCGUGUCAGACCCGGCAUUGCUUGAGAUAUUAGGACAAGCGUCCGAUUCACAUACAAUUCAGAACCACUUAUUGUCUAUAUUUGACAACACUCGCUACGUUAAGUUUCAUGACAUAGAAUACAACAAGAUGAUCGGUAUCGUGUCGUCGGAGGGUGAGGAGAUAAAGUUGGAGCGGCCCGUGCGCGCGGAGGGGUCGGUGGAGACCUGGCUCACGUCUCUGCUCCAGUCAGCGCAGGGCAGCCUCCACGCCAUCAUCAGGAACGCGGUCGCCUUCAUCAACGACCCCGCCUUCAAUCUGCUGAUGUUUCUGGACAAAAUGCCCGCACAGGUAGGCCUGCUCGGCAUCCAAAUAAUUUGGACGCGGGAUGGGGAGCUGGCCCUGAUGCAGGCGCGGCAGGACAAGAAGAUCAUGAUGGAGACCAACAACAAGUUCCUGGAACUGCUGAACACCCUCAUCGACCAGACGACGCGGGACCUGCUCAAGAUUGAGCGCAUCAAGUUCGAAACCCUCAUCACUAUCCACGUGCAUCAGAGGGAUAUAUUUGAUAUGUUGUGUCGUCUCAACGUGCGUUCUGCAACAGACUUCGAGUGGCUGAAGCAAUGCCGGUUCUACUUCAAAGAGGACGCGGACAAAACGUGGAUUUCCGUGACAGACGUCACUUUCACGUACCAGAACGAGUACCUCGGGUGCACUGAGAGGCUGGUCAUCACACCGCUCACUGAUAGAUGCUACAUAACACUAGCUCAAGCCCUGGCAAUGAGCAUGGGCGGGGCCCCGUGCGGGCCCGCGGGCACGGGCAAGACGGAGACCGUCAAAGACAUGGGCAAGACACUCGCCAAGUACGUUGUCGUAUUCAACUGCUCGGACCAAAUGGACUACAGGGGUCUAGGCCGCAUCUACAAAGGCCUGGCCCAGUCAGGAUCGUGGGGCUGCUUCGACGAGUUCAACCGGAUCGAACUCCCAGUGCUGUCGGUGGCGGCGCAGCAAGUCGCCGUGGUCCUCUCCGCCAAGAAGGAGAAGAAGAAGACCUUCAUCUUCACAGACGGAGAUAUGUCGGAGAUGUGCCCCGAGUUUGGAAUAUUUAUAACUAUGAACCCCGGUUACGCCGGUCGCAAAGAGCUGCCGGAGAAUCUUAAGAUCCAGUUCCGCACCGUCGCUAUGAUGGUGCCAGACCGGCAGAUCAUCAUCAGAGUGAAGCUCGCCUCUUGCGGCUUCCUAGAGAACAUCACACUCGCGAGGAAAUUCUACACGCUGUACAAGUUGUGCGAGGAGCAACUUACUAAACAGGUUCACUACGACUUCGGCCUCCGUAACAUCCUCUCCGUCCUCCGCACGCUUGGCGCAGUCAAACGAGUGAACUUCGAAGACAAUGAGAGCACCAUCGUGAUGAGAGUCCUUCGGGAUAUGAAUCUAUCCAAAUUGAUAGACGAAGACGAGCCGCUGUUCAUAUCCCUCGUCGCGGAUCUAUUCCCGAACCAAGCGCUGGAGAAAACCUCAUAUGCGGAGCUGGAGGAGAGUAUACAGAAGCAGGUCGAGAUGACUGGCUUGAUAUUUCAUCCGCCGUGGGUGCUGAAAAUUAUUCAGUUAUAUGAAACACAGCGUGUUCGACAUGGAAUCAUGACGCUAGGUCCACCAGGAGCGGGAAAAACCACCUGCAUUCAUACCCUAAUGAACGCUCUUACUGAGACAGAGAAUCCUCAUAGAGAAAUGAGAAUGAAUCCGAAAUCUAUAACCGCGGCCCAAAUGUUUGGUCGGCUAGAUGUAGCCACCAACGAUUGGACAGAUGGGAUAUUCUCCGCAUUGUGGAGGAAAACACUCAAAAUUAAAACUGGGGAAUAUAUUUGGCUAGUGCUAGACGGACCAGUUGAUAGUAUAUGGAUCGAAAAUCUAAACUCUGUAUUAGAUGACAACAAGACAUUAACACUGGCGAAUGGUGACCGCCUCACGAUGUCCCCAACAUCAAAAAUUAUAUUCGAACCAGAAAAUAUUGACAACGCCUCCCCUGCGACUGUCUCCAGAAAUGGAAUGGUCUACAUGAGCGCAUCCGGUUUGGACUGGGAGCCAGUUCUCCGAGCGUGGCUAAAAUUGCGGUCUGCAGGGGAAGUCGAGGUUUUUACCUCUUUAUUCGAGGACACGUUUCCGUUAAUUUACACCUGGUGUACUCAGAAUCUUGUCUUCAGUAUGAAAGUGCUACAAAGUAACAUCAUUUUACAAAUGCUGAGUCUCCUAGAGGGCCUAGUUCCACCGCAAGUGAUAGAGCCCGAGGAUCCCUCCGCGUCUAAGUCAGUCAACGGUGACAUAGACGACGAGGAAGAAAAGGAAAACAAAGAGGAAAUCGUUCUCUUCACUCCUGAGCAUUUACACAAGAUAUACGUAUUCACACUUUUUUGGGGUUUUGGUUCUUUAUUGGAAACAAACGACAGAGCUCGACUAGACACAUACAUCAAAAAGAACUUUUCCAAAAUUUUAGAUAUGCCGAAACACCCAAAUAACAAACCUUCUACAGCAUUUGAUUUUUAUGUGAAACAUCCCGGUAAAUGGGAGUUGUGGGAUGAUUUGCUGACAAAUUACCAAUACCCGGAUACAGCUACUCCAGAUUACUCGACAAUACUAGUCCCAAUCGUUGAUAAUGUGAGAAUCAACUACUUGAUACAUAGUAUCGCCAAACAAGGAAAAGCAGUACUUUUAUUAGGUGAGCAAGGCUCAGCCAAAACUGUAAUGAUGAAGGCGUACAUGAAAAACACUAACCCAGAACAUUUCUUAGGCCGGUCAUUCAAUUUCUCCUCGGCUACAAGUCCGUACCAGUUCCAAAAAACAAUAGAGAGUUAUGUUGAAAAGCGGAGCGGUAUGACCUUUGGGCCGCCAGGAGGAAAGAAAAUGCUGGUUUUCAUAGACGACAUAAACUUACCACAGAUCAACGAGUGGGGCGAUCAGAUCACGAACGAAAUCGUGAGACAAGUUAUGAGCCAAGGCGGGUUCUAUAGUUUAGAGAAACCGGGUGAUUUUACAACCAUUGUUGAUAUUCAAUUUUUAGGAGCCAUGGGACAACCAGGUGGAGGCAGAAAUGAUAUACCCGCUAGACUCAAACGACAAUUCGCAAUCUUUAACUGUCCUCUACCCAAUAAUGAAGCUAUUGACAAAAUAUUUAAAGUAAUAGGAGAAGGUCAUUAUAAUGCGAAACGUGGAUUUGCUGCGGAUGUGAGAGCUCUUAUUAAAAAGGUGAUCCCCUUGACGAGAGAAUUGUGGAUGAGGACACGGCAGAAUUUGCUGCCUACACCGGCCAAGUUUCACUACGUAUUUUCCUUGCGAGAUCUUUCUAGAGUUUGGCAAGGUUUGGUGGGCACUUUAUCCAACGUGAUCGAGUCGGAGAAAUGUCUUAUGUUAUUGUGGAAACACGAAUGUUUGAGAGUUUUCUCAGACCGAUUUACACAUCAAGCGGAUAAAGAUUGGUUUAGUAAGACAUUGUUUGAUAUAGUAGAGGAAAUUUUAGGAAAAGAUUAUAAAAAGAUGAUGGAACAGGACCCAGUUUUCGUUGAUUUUAUGAGAGAUGCUCCAGAGCCGACUGGCGAAGAAGGUGAAGACGCCGAUAUGGAACUUCCAAAAGUUUACGAACCAGUAUUUGACUAUGCAGAAUUGCGGGAACGUCUUGAAAUGUUCCUCGCACAAUACAAUGAAAUGGUUCGAGGGUCAGGCAUGGAUCUUGUUUUCUUCCCCGACGCCAUGUACCAUUUAGUGAAAAUUUCCAGGGUUAUAAGGCAUCCGAGAGGAAACGUCAUGCUUGUAGGUGUAGGAGGCUCUGGCAAGCAAUCUUUGACCAAAUUGUCCACCUUUAUUGCUGGAUACAGAUCGUUCCAAAUCGCAUUGACGAGAUCUUACAAUGUAGGAAACUUUUUAGAAGACUUGAAACUUUUAUACAGAUCAUGUGGAGUCCAAGGUAAAGGGACAACCUUUAUAUUUACCGAUUUAGACAUAAAAGAGGAAGGAUUCCUCGAAUAUUUAAAUAAUAUUUUAUCUUCUGGAGUGAUAUCAAACCUGUUUACCAAAGACGAGCAGCAGGAAAUCAUCACAGAGUUAACACCGAUUAUGAAGCGGGAAAAUCAGAAGCGAACGCUAACAACAGAGCUGGUGAUGGAAUAUUUCUUAAACAGAACUUGUCAAAAUUUACAUGUCGUCUUAUGUUUCUCACCGGUAAGUGAAGCAUUCAGAUAUCGAGCUAUGCGUUUUCCGGCGCUUAUUUCAGGGUGCACCAUUGAUUGGUUCCAACCUUGGCCAAAAGACGCGCUGGUUUCGGUCGCCGAUCAUUUCCUAGCAGAGUUUGAAAUUGAAUGCACUAAAGAAGUAAAAAAAGAAUUGGUCACUGUCUUAGGUACAAUACAAGAUGUUGUAUCCAAAGUAUCCACUGAGUAUUUCAACAGGUUCCGUCGUUCAUCUCAUGUAACACCCAAGUCAUAUUUAAAUUUCAUUGCUGGCUAUAAAAAUAUUUACCACAUGAAACAGAAUGAAUUAGGAGAUGGAGCUUUGCGAAUGGAUACAGGUUUAGAGAAAUUACGAGAAGCUUCUAUAGCAGUUGAAGUGUUGAAGAAAGAUUUGUCAGUGAUGGAACAAGAUUUAGCACUUGCUUCGGAGAAAGCAGAUAGAGUACUUACGACAGUGACAGAACGGGCAAUGCAAGCGGAAAUAGUAAAAAAUCAAGUUCAGAUUGUAAAAGAAAAAGCUGAAGCGUUAGUAGCGUAUAUUGCUGAAGAAAAACAAAAGGCUGAAAUGAAACUAGAAGCUGCAAAACCAGCUCUAGAAGAAGCAGAAUCAGCUCUGAAUACAAUAAAACCAGCCCACAUAGCUACCGUUAGAAAGCUGGGACGUCCUCCCCAUCUUAUUAUGAGGAUAAUGGACUGUGUACUAAUUCUCUUUCAAAGGCGACUACAUCCACUUAUUCCAGAUACAGCGGCGCCAUGUCCGAAACCAUCUUGGCCAGAAUCUUUAAAGAUGAUGGCGAGCACCACCUUCUUAUUACAACUGCAAAACUACCCUAAAGAUAUUAUUAACAACGAGAUGGUGGAGCAUCUGGUGCCGUACUUCGAGAUGGAAGACUACAACAUGGACACAGCGAAGAGAGUCUGCGGUGACGUAGCCGGCCUUCUCUCUUGGACCAAAGCCAUGGCGUUCUUCCAUAGCGUCAACAAGGAAGUACUCCCGUUGAAAGCUAACUUGCUACUGCAAGAAGCUAGAUUGAAGGUAGCUAUGGAAGACCUUGCAUCAGCAGAACGUCAGUUAGAAGAAAGAGAAAUGUCGCUACGAAAAGUGAAGGAACACUAUGAGUCUGCCGUUUCAGAAAAACAGCAACUCACAGAUGCACUCAAUGUUUGUCUCAGAAAAAUGACGGCUGCUACAGCGCUUAUUAACGGAUUGGGAGGAGAAAAAAUCAGAUGGACGCAACAAAGCAAAGAUUUCAAAGAACAAUUAGGACGACUGGUUGGAGACGUCGUACUAGCCACUGGGUUCUUAUCCUACUGCGGACCGUACAACCAAGAAUUCAGAAAUAAUCUGUUGGACACGUGGAUGGGCAUACUGAAAAAGAAAGAAAUACCCGUAACAAACAAUUUGAAUAUUACAAAUAUGUUGGUCGAGAACGCAACUAUUUCUGAAUGGACUUUACAAGGUCUCCCCAACGAUGAUUUGUCAGUGCAAAAUGCACUAAUUGUGACAAAAGCUAGCUCCUAUCCGCUCCUAGUAGAUCCCCAGAGUCAAGGUAAAAAUUGGAUUAAGAAUAAAGAAAGUACAAAUGAGCUUCAAAUCACGUCAUUAAACCACAAAUAUUUUCGUACUCACCUUGAAGACAGUCUGUCUUUAGGAAGACCGCUGUUAAUAGAAGAUGUCGGAGUGGAACUGGAUCCAGUCAUCGACAAUGUAUUGGAGAAGAACUUUAUAAAGUCGGGUUCGAUUGAAAAAGUGAUUGUAGGAGACAAGGAAUGCGAUGUUAUGCCUGGUUUUAUGCUGUAUAUUACGACAAAACUCCCAAAUCCUGCAUACUCACCAGAAAUAAGCGCUAAAACAUCAAUUAUUGACUUUACUGUAACGAUGCGAGGUCUUGAAGACCAAUUACUUGGUCGUGUAAUACUGAUGGAAAAAUCAGAUCUAGAAGAAGAACGUGUCGCUCUAUUUGAAUCAGUAAUGAAGAAUCAAAGAAGUAUGAAAGAACUAGAAAGUAACUUACUAUGUCGUCUGACUUCCUCUGAAGGAUCUUUGGUAGACGAUGAAGCCUUAAUUCAAGUGCUUCAAAUAACUAAAACGACAGCCGAAGAAGUUAAUGAAAAGCUAAAAGUGGCUGAAGUGACAGAGAAGAAAAUUGUCAAAGCUCGCGAAGAAUUCCGAGCUGUAGCAGGCCGCGGCUCUAUACUAUACUUCUUGAUCGUCGAAAUGAGCAACGUAAAUAUCAUGUAUCAAAAUUCGUUGAAACAAUUCUUGACUAUAUUCGACAAUUCUAUAACAAAAUCGACCAAAAGCAAUGAUACCGAAGAGAGAAUCGAUAUAAUUCUCAAAUAUUUGACACACGAGGUGUGGGCAUUUACACUUCGUAGUUUAUAUGAAAGACACAAAGCUUUAUUCACGCUGAUGUUGGCUAUGAAAAUCGACUGCCAUCGAGGCUUGAUCUCUCACGACGAGUUUAUGGCGUUCGUAAAGGGUGGCGCCUCUCUCGACCUGAAUGCCGUCACUCCAAAGCCGUUCAGAUGGAUUCUGGACAUCACAUGGCUGAACUUAGUUGAAAUAAGUAAACUAAUGAAUUUUUCUGAUGUACUCCAAAGGAUAUCAUCUAACGAAAAGGAGUGGCGGGUCUGGUACGAGAAGGCGCGGCCCGAGGAAGAAGUGCUCCCCAGCGGGUACAACGACAGCCUCGAUGUCUUUCGAAAACUUCUCUUGAUCAGAUCUUGGAGUCCUGAUCGCACACUAUCACAAGCGAGGAAGUAUAUUGUUGAUUCACUUGGUCCUGAGUACGGCGAAGGAUGUAUUCUGAAUUUAGAAACAACUUGGGAAGAAUCAGAACCUAGAACUCCUUUAAUUUGCAUACUAUCCAUAGGGUCUGACCCCUCUGCUCAGAUCGCGGCACUAGCGAAGGCCAAAGAGAUUGUUUUGAAAGCAGUCUCAAUGGGACAAGGACAAGAAAUAGUUGCCCGUAAGAUGAUCUCUGAUUCUAUGAAUGAAGGUGGUUGGGUGCUGCUGCAAAACAUACAUCUGUCUCUACCUUUCUGCGUCGAAGCCAUGGACGCCCUCAUUGAAACCGAACACAUUCAGGAAUCAUUCCGACUAUGGCUUACUACUGAAGUACACACCGAAUUUCCAAUAGGCUUACUCCAAAUGGCCAUAAAGUUCACUAACGAACCACCACAGGGUAUACGAGCCAGUAUGAAGAGAACCUAUCAGAACAUCACUCAAGACUUUUUGGACUAUUCAUCAUUACCGCAAUGGCCUCCUCUUUUAUAUGCCGUGGCGUUUUUGCAUACGAUAGUCCAAGAACGAAGAAAGUUCGGGCCCCUAGGAUGGAACAUCCCGUACGAAUUCAACCAAGCAGACUACGCCGCAUGCGUGCAAUUUGUGCAGAACCAUCUCGACGAAAUAGACCCCAAGAAGGGCAUAUCGUGGCCAACGGUCUGCUAUAUGCUCGGUGAGGUCCAAUACGGUGGUCGUGUCACGGACGACUUCGAUAAGCGUCUGCUGACUACUUUCACCAACGUCUGGUUCUGCGACGUUCUCCUGAGGCCCGGAUUUGAAUUUUACAAAGGUUAUAAAGUGCCUACAACUCGGAAUCUGCAAGGUUACGUGGAUUAUAUAAACCAGUUGCCUUUGACUGAUACGCCGGAGGUAUUUGGCCUGCAUGGAAACGCGGACAUAACCUAUCAGAUCAAUAGUGCUAAGGAUAUUUUGGACACGAUUUUGAGCGUGCAGCCGAAGGAAGGCGGCAGUCAGGGAGGCGAGACAAGAGAAACUAUUGUGUAUCGUCUGGCAGAGGAUAUGCUUGAUAAACUUCCGAAACAGUACGUCAGCUUUGAAAUCAAAGAAGCCCUCGCCAAGAUGGGCGCUUUCUUACCGAUGAACAUCUUUUUGAGGCAAGAAAUCGACAGAAUCCAGAAAGUGAUUAAGACAGUGCAGUCCACGCUGUGUGACCUGAAGCUGGCGAUAGACGGUACGAUUGUAAUGAGUCAAGGCCUGCGCGAGUCACUUGACGCCAUGUAUGACGCGCGGAUACCACAAAAGUGGCUAAAGGUGUCCUGGGAGUCAGCGACCCUAGGGUUCUGGUACACGGAGCUGCUGGAGCGAGAGCAGCAGUACAGGGUUUGGCUGAAGAAUGGCCGCCCCACCACCUUCUGGAUGACCGGAUUUUUCAACCCACAAGGAUUCCUCACAGGCAUGAGACAGGAAGUAACUCGCAGCCACAAGGGCUGGGCCCUGGACUCUGUGGUGCUGCAGAAUCACAUCACGAAGUUCAAUCGAGAGGACGUUCACGAGGGGCCAGCCGAGGGCGUGUACGUCUAUGGAUUGUUCCUCGAAGGUGCAUCUCUAGACAGGAAGACUGGUAAGCUGAUAGAAUCGAAACCCAAAGUGCUAUACGAGCAAAUGCCAGUGAUCUACAUAUUCGCAAUCAACACCACAGCCGGGAAGGACCCGAGACUCUACGAGUGCCCAAUGUACAGGAAGCCGCAACGCACUGACGCCAAGUACAUAGGGUCUAUAGACUUCGAGACAGACAGCAGCCCUAGACACUGGACGCUUCGGGGAGUCGCGUUGCUCUGCGAUAUCAAAUAGAUCAACUCUUCGUAUAGACGGAUGUACUUUUACACUCGGCCGAUUUAACAUCGGUUAGGUAACUCAUGUCACACAAUUUGAUUACGUCACUUAUGUAAUUUGAUUAACGACAAAGGAGUAGUUCCAAAUUCUAUACAUAUAUACAUAUGAUCACGUUUAUAUCCCUUGCGGGGCUGACAGAGCCAACAGUCUUGAAAAGACUGAAUGGCCACGUUCAGCGAAUUUCCAUUGAUAUUGAAAUUUCAUUAUAUGCAUAAUAAAUCGUGAAUAAUGGUUAUGAAAACACAACUACUUCAUUUGAAAAGAAUAAUGAUUCGGAUGCACCAUGUUUAGGGAAAUCAAUUACUUCAAGGGACUCGGCGGAUUUAAUUGGAGAUCCAAUAAAAUAGUAUGACACUCUAGAAUUCGUAGAAGUAUCUAGAAAAAAAUAUGUGCAAUUCUAACACAAUAGAUGACACCUUCGAUUACUUAACAGAAUAUCUUCGUGAAUCUCUAUCAGCAAAUCAUACACAUUUUCGAUUAAUCACAAUAGUGGAAAGAAAUAUAGUUACAAUCGGUAUUGUAGUUAUUAGGAAAACAGCUUAAUU